AGCACUACUGGUAUUUAAGAUCGACCCUUGCGUGCGAAUGCCGCUCACUUCUCCCUUUCCCUUUUCCUCGUCCGACCGCGACGCAGAGGAGGGAGGGAAUCGUUCUCGUUCGAUCGAUCUCCUUUCCCUUCUUGAUCUUGAAUUAGGUCAUCGCCCAAUCCAUGGCUUCGAGGCGUAUCAUCAAGGAGCUGAAGGAUCUCCAGCGGGACCCCCCGACGUCUUGUAGCGCAGGACCGGUCGCUGAAGACAUGUUCCAUUGGCAAGCAACAAUAAUGGGUCCACCAGACAGUCCAUAUGCAGGGGGAGUUUUUCUUGUCACUAUCCACUUUCCUCCAGACUAUCCAUUUAAGCCACCUAAGGUUGCUUUCAAGACAAAGGUUUUCCAUCCAAAUAUUAACAGCAAUGGGAGCAUUUGCUUGGACAUCUUAAAAGAACAAUGGAGUCCUGCUUUGACUAUUUCCAAGGUGCUGCUGUCAAUCUGCUCCCUCUUAACUGACCCAAACCCAGAUGACCCAUUGGUCCCAGAGAUCGCCCACAUGUACAAGACAGAUAGGACCAAGUAUGAGACCACUGCAAGGAGCUGGACCCAGAGGUAUGCAAUGGGCUAAUGUUGUCUUAGAGAGACGGUUGAUGGGGGCUUCUCUGUUAUGUGUGGUGGUUGCUUCUUGUCUGUUUAUUUGAAGAUUGAAAUGAUCUGUGCUUGCUUCCCUUAAUUUAUUAGAAGGUUAGGAAGGAAAGCCUCCACAAACCCCUCAGGGAACAUGUGUUUGAUUGUUGGUAUGAAAAAUUUAUAUCUGAAUCUUGAACA